UUUCUGGAUCCCCGCUUUCCCAACAGGAUUUACCAGGAGGGCUCCGAGGCCAGCGCCGCCGUGGUGGCUGUCGAAACCCACACCAUCCACAAGCUAGAGGGAGGGAUCGACCCCAACACCAUCGAAGCGAACGAGGAGAUUGAGAUCGCCUACCCCAUCACCUGCGGGGAGAGCAAAGCCAUCCUGCUCUGGAAGAAGUUUGUCUGUCCAGGGAUUAAUGUCAAGUGUGUGAAGUUCAAUGACCAACUGAUCAGCCCAAAGCAUUUUGUUCACCUGGCUGGGAAGUCCACCCUGAAGGACUGGAAGAGAGCCAUCCGCCUUGGAGGAAUCAUGCUGAGGAAGAUGAUGGACUCGGGGCAGAUUGACUUCUACCAGCACGACAAAGUGUGCACCAACACUUGUCGAAGCACCAAGUUCGAUCUCCUGAUCAGCAGCGCCAGAGCGCCGGUGCCAGGGCAGCAGAGCGUGGUGCAGACCCCUACAUCAGCUGAUGGGAGCAUCACCCAGAUUGCGCUGUCGGAGGAGAGCAUGGAGGAGGGCAUCGAGUGGAACUCGGCUCUGACGGCUGCUGUCACCAUGGCCACUGAGGAAGGCAUGAAAAAGGACACAGAUGAGAUCUCGGAGGACACACUGAUGUUCUGGAAAGGAAUAGCUGAUGUGGGGCUGAUGGAAGAGGUUGUGUGCAACAUCCAGAAGGAGAUAGAAGAAGUCCUAAGAGGCGUCCAGCAGAGGUUGGGUCAGUCUCCCUUCCAGAUGACAGAUGCUGCAGUCUUGAACAAUGUUGCCCACACGUUUGGCCUGAUGGACACGGUCAAGAAGGUUCUGGACAACAGAAAAAACCAGACAGAGCAAGGAGAGGAGCAGUUUCUUUACACUCUGGCAGACCUGGAGCGGCAGCUGGAAGAGCAGAAGAAACUGGCCAAGGACCAGAAGGCGAAGUCCCAAACCAUCCAGAACGUGGUGCUGAUGCCCGUCAGCGCUCCCAAGCCCCCCAAGACCGUCAUCUCGCCCAUCGCUAUCGCACCCGUCGGGCAGCAGUUCUCCGUUGGGAACAUCCCGGUGGCAACCAUCAGCCAAGGCUCCAGCCCGGUGACUGUUCACACCCUGCCUUCUGGCUCCCAGCUCUUCCGCUACGCCACCGUGGUGUCCUCCUCCAAGACCAGCUCCUCCGACACCGUCACCCUCCACCCGUCCUCCAGCCUGGCGCUGCUGAGCUCGGCGGCCAUGCAGGACAGUGGUGCCCUGGCCAACGUGGCCACAGUGGUCAACCCUGUGGAGCUGGUGGCCAUGGAGUCUGGCCUCACCUCCACCAUCCAAGCCGUGGAGGGCACCUCGGAGGAUGGGCAGACCAUCAUAGAGAUCGACCCGGCGCCAGAUCCCGAAGCAGAUACAGAAGAGGCGGAGGGGAAAGCCGUGAUCCUGGAGACAGAGCUGAGGACUGAGGAGAAAGUGGUGGGAGAUGUGGAGGACCAUCAGCACCAGGUCCAUAACGUGGAGAUUGUGGUCUUGGAGGACUAA